UAGAGUAACCGGGGCGCAGUAUGGUUCAGAAGGUGACGUAUAGAAAGUGGCAUCCAGAAAGCACCGCAGGGUUGAUCUAAUACACACAGAUAUAGUAGGGCAAUAAUCUGCGAGAGGUGCUGAUAAACUCUGUUAUUUCAAAGAGUCGUAUAGCGACAAGAGUCUCUCAUAGAACUCCUACUCGGGAGCCGAUUUUAUUACCUUUCCUAGCUUCAUCACACUCCGGUGCUAUAUAAGGUUGCAACAAGUCGAAACGGAUCGUGACGGGGACGGGGACCGAGUUCGGUUUCCGGCUUAUGUUUAGUCUCACUCUCACAGCUGUAACCCAGAUUCGUCGCCUGCAGAAAGACUCAAACGCGCACGCGCGCAUUGUCGAUAGCCAGCAUGUCGUCUCGCCAGAUCAUUCCCUUUUCCGAGGCGACCAAGGUAACUGCCCUUGACGAGAAGUCUUACGCAGUGCGGCUGGUUGACGAGUAUUGCUUCGGCCGAGGUAAGGGAAUCUCAUUUCCUGCCCACCCCUUUUCCCUCCCCUGAGCGUCGUCGCCUGCGUGCGUGGCUUACCUCCCACGCAUUCAGUGCCAAAUGGGGGCUACGUCGCAUCGUGUAUUCUUCGCGCCGCGUCGAUGCACAUGCAGUCACGCGGCCAGCCCGACACCAUCACGGCGCAUUUCCAAUACCUCAACCAGACCGAGGCUGGCCUCGCAGUCCUCAUUGUCGACGAGGUCAAGAUCGGCCGGGGCCUUUCCACGCUCCAGGUCACCCUCUACCAGGGGGCUAUCCAACCCACGGCGCCGUGGGUCUCGCCGAGCUCGCGGAAGGCCAUCCUCGGACUCGUGACGAACACGCGGAUAAGUCUCGAGCGAGGGAUAUCCCUCGCGACAGGAUGGACGUUGAGGUCGCCUCCCAGCCCCAUGGACCCCGAGAAGCUGUUGCGGGGCGAUGACGAGCACUGGGAGCUGAGAACAAAACGUUUCACCAAGGACGACUACGUGCGAGCGCUGGAGAACAUGGAUCUAUUCGUGCCUCGGCAAAAGCCCACCGGCGGCGUUCUGAACCUUUGGUGCCGGCUGGUGUGCGGUGAGAACUUCACCAAUGUGUCCUUGGCGUAUCUCGCCGACGCCUUUCCUUACGUCGUCGAGUCGUGGCGGCCGGGUCCCGGUGACAAGCAGACCCCGUUCCCGCACGACCAAGUGUUCUGGUAUCCGACGAUCACUCUCAACCUCGACGUAAAGAAAGAUUUAUCAGAGGCCGAGGUAGAGUGGCUAUUCGUAAGAAACACGGCCAAGUCCAUCCAGAACGGCAGAUUGGAUUUAGAUGUUGUCAUUCUAACUCGAGAAGGCGAGCUUGUUGCUACCAGUAGGCACGUAUGUUUGAUACUGGGCGCUGAGAGGAAUCUCGGGGGUCAGAAGAAACCAAAAAUGUGAAGCUUACCAAUUUGCCGUUGGUAAUGCAACCACACAGCGUAAUAGAGAGGCGAAAAGAUCACGAAACGCUGGGAUCGGAAUUGCACUGCUACUAAACGCAGGUGGAUAACGACGAAAUAGAAUCCAGGUUUCGGUUAAGGAGACGAGAGCUCAACGGCCUCCACUCAAAAGUCUCUCCACGGCGAGGGAAAACUUGCGAUUAAAACAGGUGUAAAGGUGGGUAGAUUGAGCCUAAGACAGGAGACAGAAGAUCGACAUAUUGAAGACCCAAGCCAUAAUACGUAGUAGACUAGAUGAUGUUAAAAAAGAAGACGACCGUUCUAUACCCGCCCAGAGGUAAUUUAAGGUGGA